AUGGGUGAUCCGCAUACUGCUUGGCUCCACUUUGGACGGCACAGAUUCGAGGAAAUGCGAGGGCUCAACGCCAACAAUGAGGCCAUGGUCGAUGAACUCGUUGAAUCCCAUGCGCUACGAACUGCGGAGUGCGUCGAUGCCUUCAAGGCUGUGGACCGUGGCCAUUUCUGGCCAGCUCAGGGAGGCGACCUGGCCUAUGCCGACAUGCCACUGCGCCAUGGCCGCCUCCAUCUUUCUGCGCCUCACAUCUAUGGCAAGGCGCUGGAAUCUCUGAUGCCUCUUCAGCCUGGCAUGUCCUUUCUGAAUAUCGGAUCGGGAACUGGAUACUUCAACUCCAUCGUGUCAGAAUUUACUGGGCCGCAUGCAGCCAACCACGGAGUCGAGAUCUGGCCUGAGACCGUGGCUCAUGCAAAAGAGCGAGCCGCGGCAUUAGGUAAGAGCACGAUACAGUUCACCACGGGCAACAUUUACCAGCUGAAUGUGAAUGAAACAAUGCGUUAUGAUCGAAUAUACAUUGGUGCCUGCGCGAACUCGAGAUCCAAGUAUCUUUACAGGCUGCUCGAGGUUGGUGGCGUUCUGAUCGGACCCUUCCAGGUGGGACACAGCCAACAGCUUCGCCGGGUAGUGCGGCAGACGGAGACACACUUCUUCGUGGAGGUGCUCGGAUCCGUCCAGUUUGCAUGCCUUGUGGAGCCCAUGCAGUGCGCGUCGCGAUCUAUGGCUUCAGGUGCUUUUGCCCCUCCGCCUCGAGCCGGAGCUCAUACCGAGGAGUUACACAAUUCUGCUCAAAGUGGCACGACUACUCCUGCAACAGUAUCUUCCGGCGAUGCGACGGAUGUCGACAACCAUCAACUCGUAGGACUGCCCGGAGUUCCAUUCACCUUCUCCCUCCUGGAGAGCCCUUGGACCCCGGAGAGAAGCUGGCUUUAUCCAGCCUCCUUUAAGCAGGCCGUGGCAUCUGGCCUGCUCUGCCAGCCCAAACACAAAGGCAUUGUGGGACUGCCUGCCGAACUCUGGAUAAAGCACAUCAUCCCGUGGUGCUCGAGAAGAUGGUUUGAGGGGCAGCCGUCUCGAACUGGAACUUCCGGCGUGCAGCCCGCGGUGCAGACGGAGACGGCAUCAUGCCUCACGAUGGAAAAGAAUGGAAAGGAGGAUAUGGAAGAAGGGUCAGAUGACUCUUCAUCCACAAGGCCUCCAUCUUCCCAGAGCACGCCAGACUCUGGGCCCUCACAGCCUCCUGUAGACAUGUGGUCAUUGUCCAACCCGGAUGCUUCGGAUGAAUUUGGCGAUGAUGUCUUGGUCGAGGUCUGGAGUAAUGGACAGCGCCAUGCAAUUGGCGUCGAGGGUGACCCAGAUGAUGCUGACCAUGAACGAGAUCAGCGAAUGGCAGUCCCACUUCGCGUGCUGCAGCUUCUUGCAGAGGAGGCACGCACACGACAGCGCCGACGGCAACGGGAAUCAGAGGCUCUUUGCCAAGAGGGAGGGGCUGUAGCAGGCAGUGUUGAGCACUGGGCUGUUGACCGUGAACCUACCUGA